AGAUGUUACUUGAUCUCAACGUCUUUUUGACUACCUUGCCGUUCCUUCUCGCUCAUACAUGCUAGACUAGACGACUGAUCAGUAUGAUUUUUUGAUUAUUUGCAUAGAUUAUUGUACAUACCUUCUUUCUGUUGUCUACCACAAUUAUGGCUGACCAUCGUCCGGAAAAACGUGCGAAGUAUUCAGCCUCUGCUGACAUUCAACCCAAUGGACAUACAACCAAAGCAAUCAAUGAAGACUCGAAUGGUUACACGAACGGGAGUGGACCUUCCCGAGCAACUGAGGCACAGGAUCUUCUCUCAGGCGUCCUCGGACAAUUGAUCACUUUCCUUCAACAAGCCGGUACUGAACUUCAUGCUCAUGAGCUUCAUGAGCCAGUCUCCAAGACUGCACUGGUCGAAACGCAUCCGCCUUCAGAACUACGGUCCAUACUCACCUCGAAUAAAACUUUGUCACUACCAGAGGCCGGAGGCGGUCAGGCAGGCAUUCUCCAGUCCCUGAAGUCGAUAUUGAAGUACAGCGUCAAUACGUCCGCCCCAGGAUUUUUGGACAAGCUAUAUUCAGCACCUUUACCUCCCGGAAUCGCAGCAGACUUGGUUCUCAGUGUCUUGAACACCAAUCUGCAUGUGUACCAAGUCUCUCCCGUUCUCUCACUGAUCGAGACCCACGUCAGCAAGGCUCUGGCCGCGAAGUUUGGCUUCAGAGGCCCGAGAGCAGGCGGGAUCAAUGUCCAAGGUGGCAGUGCCAGCAAUCUCACCAGCAUCGUCAUCGCACGCAACACUCUUUUCCCGGAUACGAAACGGCUGGGCAACAACGCGGGAGGUCUCGAACUAGUCAUGUUCACCUCGGAACAUGGCCACUACAGUAUCGAGAAGGCAGCCCAGCAAUGCGGCUUCGGAAGCGAAAGCGUUAUUGCCGUGCCUGUCGAUUUUGUGACCGGAGAAAUGGACGCCGAGGCUCUUGAAUCGUUGAUUGUCCGGGAGAAACAACGAGGCAAGACCCCUUUCUUCGUCAACUCGACAGCAGGAUCUACGGUCUUGGGCUCGUUUGACCCUUUCACCGCCAUUUCUCAGGUCGCUCGCAGACAUGGGCUGUGGAUGCACAUCGACGGUGCGUGGGGCGGAAGUUUCGUCUUCUCGGACACCCUCCGUGAACGAGCGCUCAAGGGAUGCGAGCUGGCGGACAGUAUCGCAAUAAAUCCUCACAAGAUGCUCGGUGUGCCCGUGACCUGCAGUUUUCUGUUGUUGAAGGACUUGAGGAAUGCGCAUAGAGCGAACACCCUGCGGGCGGGGUAUCUGUUCCACGACGACUUCGAGGAGCACGAAAAGGAUGCUAAUGAGGCGACGAACGGGCCCAGUGCCAUCGCAAAAGAUGAGGACAGCGAUGAGUGGAUGCCGCCGGACGACCUCGCUGAUCUCACGCUACAGUGCGGCCGACGAGGCGACAGCUUGAAAUUGUUCCUCGCCUGGCAAUAUUACGGCACCUUGGGCUACGCUGCGAAGAUUGACAAUGCGUAUUCCGUCGCGUGCUACAUGACCGAUCUGGUCGCGCAGAGUUCGGACUUGGAGCUGGUCAGCACGAACCCGCCGCCUUGUUUGCAGGUGUGCUUCUACUAUGCUCCUGGUGGGAAGGCGGUCCAUGGCCUGGAAGGCGACGCUCAAGCAGGCGACGCCGAGAAAGUGGGUAAACGUAACUCAGCGAUCACCAGUCGCAUUACGCAUUCAUUGAUUGCGAGGGGGUUCAUGAUUGACUUUGCACCGGCGUUGGGCCACCAGAUUGAAAGAGGUGCGUUUUUUCGUGCUGUCGUCAACAUCUCGACCAUCAAGCAGACGGUCGAGAGGUUGGUGCAGGAGAUUGUUGAUAUUGGACGGGCGGUUGUGCAAAAAUAGAUCAUAGAUUGUACUAGAUAAUGUAGGAUAGUUGCUUUUGAACCUAAAGCGCCUGCAAAUCUUUGGAUUGAGGCAUGGCUAUUACAGCAUGACAACCACAUGGGAUGGAACCAGGCGGCCGGCCCUACAGCUGCAAGAUCGCGACAGCUGAAAGUUCGCACAGAAGUGGCUUGUCUAAUGCUGGCAAUUC